CGACAUGGACCGGAUGGCCAGCUCCAUGAAGCAGGUGCCCAAUCCACUGCCCAAGGUGCUGAGCCGGCGCGGGGUCGGAUCGGGGCUGGAGGCGGCAGAGCGGGAGAGCUUCGAACGGACCCAGACUGUCAGCAUCAAUAAGGCUAUUAAUAUGCAGGAAGUGGCGGUGAAGGAAAAACACCUCUCGAGCAACGCCGUGCUCUGCUGGAAGUUCUGCCAUGUGUUCCACAAGCUCCUUCGAGACGGGCACCCAAACGUCCUGAAGGACUCGCUGAGAUACAAAAAUGAAUUGAGUGACAUGAGCAGGAUGUGGGGCCACCUGAGGGAGGGGUACGGACAGCUCUGCAGCAUCUACCUCAAACUGCUGAGAACGAAGAUGGAGUUCCACACCAAAAACCCCAGGUUCCCAGGCAACCUCCAGAUGACUGACCGGCAGCUGGACGAGGCUGGGGAAAGUGACGUCAAUAACUUUUUCCAGCUCACCGUGGAGAUGUUUGACUACCUGGAGUAUGAGCUAACCCUCUUCCAAACUGUGUUCAACUCCUUGGACAUGUCGCGCUCCGUGUCGGUGACGGCAGCCGGGCAGUGCCGCCUGGCCCCACUCAUCCAGGUCAUCCUGGACUGCAGCCACCUGUACGAUUACACGGUCAAGCUGCUCUUCAAGCUCCACUCCUGUCUCCCAGCCGACACCCUGCAAGGCCACCGGGACCGCUUCACGGAGCAGUUCACAAAGUUGAAAGAUCUGUUCUACCGCUCCAGCAACCUGCAGUACUUCAAGCGGCUCAUCCAGAUCCCGCAGCUGCCUGAGAGCCAGCGGUCCCUGCUGCAACUGAAGGGCCGAGUGAGUGAGCUGGAGGCCGAGCUGGCCGAGCAACAGCACCUCCGGCAGCAGGCGGCCGAUGACAGUGAGUUCCUCCGGGCAGAACUGGACGAGCUCAAGAAGCAACGAGAAGACACGGAGAAGGCUCAGCGGAGUCUGACGGAGAUCGAGAGGAAAGCCCAGGCCAAUGAGCAGCGGUACAGCAAGCUCAAGGAGAAGUACAGCGAGCUGGUUCAGAACCACGCAGACCUGCUGCGCAAGAAUGCCGAGGUGACCAAGCAGGUGUCCACGGCCAGACAGGCGCAGGUGGACUUGGAGCGAGAGAAGAAAGAGCUGGAGGGCUCCUUCCAGCGCGUGAGUGAGCAGGCCCAGCUGAAGACUCAAGAACAGACGGAGGUGCUGGAGAGCUUGAAGCAGGAACUGACCACGAACCAGCAGGAGCUUCAGCUUGUGCGAGGAACCCUGGCAACGUCUGCCCAGUCAGAAGCCAAGUGGGCCGCCCAGCUGGCCGAGCUGGAGAGGGAGCGGGAUGGCCUGGUGCAGGCCGCGGCACGGCGGGACGUGGAGGUGGCCACUCUGCAGGAGCAGCUAGGCCGCACCCGGCAGGAACUGACCAACACACAGGAAUCAGCCGAGCGACAGGCGAAGGGCCAGCGGAAAGUGCUUCUCAGGGAGUGCAGGCAGGCCGCGGAGCGGGCAGUGCAGGAGGCCCUGGGCCAGCUGGAAGAGCCCACACUGGCCAGCUGUGCUGGAUCUGCAGAUCACCUCCUGUCCAGUAUCCGCUCCGUGUCCAGCUGUCUGGAGCAGCUAGAGGAGAGCCGGAGCCGGUACCUGGCCUGCCCGAAAGAGCUCAGCAAACUGCUCCACUCGGUAACCCUCCUGGCCCACCUGACUGGAGACGCCAUUCUCCAAGGUGGCGCCACCUGCCUUCGAGCCCCUCCAGAGCCGGCUGACUCACUGAACGAGAUCUGCAAGCAGUAUGGCAGGGACACGCUGAACCUGCUGGCCUCCCUGGAGGAGGAGGAGCGCCUCCCGCAGGCCGACUGCACCGCCCUGUGGACCUGCCUCAGCAAGAUGGCGGCCAUCGGCCAGGAGCUCUUACCCCGAGGCCUGGACAUCAAGCAGGACGAGCUGGGGGACCUGGUGGACAAGGAGAUGGCCGCUACUUCCGCUGCCAUUGACACAGCUACGGCCCGGAUCGAGGAGAUGCUCAGCAAAUCCCGGGCUGGCGACACCGGCGUCAAACUAGAGGUGAAUGAAAGGAUCCUUGGUUCCUGCACCGGCCUGAUGCAAGCUAUCCAGGUCCUGAUCGCAGCCUCCAAGGACCUGCAGAGAGAGAUUGUGGAAAGCGGCAGGGGUACAGCAUCCCCGAAAGAGUUUUACGCCAAGAACUCUCGGUGGACAGAAGGGCUUAUCUCUGCCUCCAAAGCUGUGGGCUGGGGAGCCACCAUGAUGGUGGAUGCCGCUGACCUGGUGGUCCAGGGCAAAGGGAAGUUUGAGGAGCUGAUGGUGUGUUCCCAUGAGAUAGCUGCUAGCACCGCUCAGCUGGUGGCUGCAUCCAAGGUGAAAGCCGACAAGGACAGCCCAAACCUCUCCCAGCUGCAGCAGGCCUCCCGGGGAGUGAACCAGGCCACUGCCGGGGUCGUGGCCUCAACCAUUUCUGGCAAAUCACAGAUUGAGGAGACAGACAACAUGGACUUCUCCAGCCUGACGCUGACCCAGAUCAAGCGCCAAGAGAUGGAUUCCCAGGUCAGGGUGCUGGAGCUAGAAACGAAAUUGCAGAAGGAGCGUCAAAAACUGGGAGAGCUUCGGAAAAAACACUAUGAGCUUGCUGGUGUCGCAGAGGGCUGGGAAGAAGGAGCAGAAGCCUCCCGCUCUCUACUGCAAGAAGCGGUUGCCGAGAAAGAGUAGAGCCAGCCAGCGCCCCGUGUGUCAGAGUCAGUAGCAGCCCGCAGGGGGCCGGCACGCACCUCCCAGGCAGGACCCGUCCCUGCGUGGGGCGCGCCCAUCACUCACGUUUCGCUACCGACAGGUGGUGAGCCGCCUGUCCGAUCGAUCACUGUGACCACACACACUCGCGCGCACCCUCCCUCCCUCUUCGGAACCCAGCCCACCUUCCGCCCAUGCAAUUCUCAACAGCGUGCUACAAACACUGUCUCCCAGACCCACAAAAGACUGGAUGCGGGAGGCAUCUCUGGGGAGACUCAGGUGGACCUCUGGCCCUGGCCUUGCCCCGCUCGCUAGGGGCACAGACGUGCUGCGUGUAUGUGUCCGGCCCGGUGGUGCUGCUGAAAUCCACCAGUGUGCUCUCAGUGCAGGUUCACCCUCGCAGAGGUGGUGGUCCCUUCUCCCAUCUGGAGUCCCGGCCUUUCCAAGGACUGUACUUCAGACCACCAGCGGGGCGAGAAAGCUCAUCUUUCUGGAUCGGAUCAGGAUCCCUCGCUGGGCUGCUUCCUUCAAAACGAGGCCGCCAUCUCUAAAAACCCUGCCGUGAGCUCGGCACCUGUACCAGCAGCCCCUAGAGCAGUGGGGCCAGAGCCACGUCACGCCCCAGUGCACAGUAGCUCCCGUGAGCAGUCAGUCCACGCUCCAGCCGAGAGGAAUGAGCACCCUCGCUCAGGUCCCCUGAGUGAGCGUGUGCCGGAAGCGGGUGAUGGGAACUGGAACAGCCCCUCCAGGCUGCACAGAGCACCUCCACCAUGAGCCUGCCGGCUGCGGGUCACCCCCGGUCUCCCAGCUCCUGCUCUGUCUGUUACCUUGGAGCAUCGCUGACUGGCCCCGUGCGUGACGUGUCUCCCAGGCGAGGGUACAUGGGAAAGGACAAGACAGGACACCGACAGGAGAUUGGCCUCGGCUACAGGAAGCUGAGCCACCCCUGCACCUGAGACUUUAAUUUUGCGUAAUGCAGGGUCCGAGUAAGGGCCUGGCCCCCAGAAAACGCCUGCGUGUAUGGGU